CUGAUACUACUAAUUCAAUUACUAGUUACUAGCUACUAGCUACUAGCUACUAGCUACUUAGCGUAGUACAGUACUAGAACUAGACCCAAGAACCUCAGUCCUUCUUCCACCGUGACCCUUCAUAUUCAUUCCCCACUUCUCAAUUGACUCCCUCCUACCUCGCUCGGCGAUGAUAGCUAUCGUUCACCAUCUUCUCCAGCUUCAAUAGACAUGAAAACUCCCAUUCCCCUUCUGCUAGCAGCUGCUGGCCUUGCCGCAGCAGCACCGCCUCAACAAUCACCCUUGUCGCUCACUACUGACCCCUCGGACAUCAUCGAUGCCUCACCCUUCCUUUCGUUUCACCGCAACCUCGUCCAAAUCCCCUCGGUGUCUGGCAACGAAACCGCCGUCGGGCUCUUCAUCGCCGACUUUCUCGAAGCGCACAAUUUCACAGUGAUCAAGCAACCCGUCCCCGCCGGCAGCCAGGGAACGGACCCGACCGCCGACAAGAACCGAUUCAAUAUUUUCGCCUACCCGUCCGCCUCGCCCUCGCAGGACCGGCCCGAGAUCCUUCUCACCAGCCACAUCGACACGGUGCCUCCGUUCCUCCCCUACACCCUCCAUGACCACGACCACGGCAAUCGAUCCUCCCUGACCCUCGCCGGCCGCGGCACCGUCGACGCCAAAGCGAGCGUCGCCGCGCAGGUCUUCGCCGUCCUCGAGACCCUGAAGGAGCAACCCGAGGCCGGCCUGGGGCUUCUCUUUGUGGUCGACGAGGAGGUCGGCGGCCUGGGGAUGCGCGUCUUCUCGGAGUCGCCGCUCAACCCGACGGACCCGUCGCCCUUCCACACCGUCAUCUUUGGGGAGCCCACCGAGCUGGCGCUCGUCUCCGGCCACAAGGGCAUGCUCGAGUUCCCGCUGGUGGCGACCGGCCAGGCCGCCCACUCCGGCUACCCGUGGCUCGGCCGGAGUGCCGUCUCCGCGCUCCUGCCCGCGCUGUCCCGGCUGGAUGUGCUCGGCGAGAUCCCCGCCGAGGAAGGCGGCUUGCCCGCCAGCCCCAAAUAUGGCCGGACGACGGUGAACAUCGGUCGCGUCGAUGCGGGCGUCGCGGCCAACGUGGUCCCGGCCAAGGCGCGGGCGGAGGUCGCCAUUCGCCUGGCCGAGGGUACCCCGGACGACGCGAGGAAGAUCGUCGCGCAAGCGGUCAAGGAUGCCACCAACGGAGAUGAGAGCGUCUACUGUGAUUUCGAGGUGUACAGCGGAGGGUAUCCGCCCCAGGACUUGGAUACCGAUGUCCCGGGCUUUGAGGUGAUGACCGUCAAUUACGGCACGGAUGUGCCAAACCUAAAGGUCUCGGAGAAAGUGAAGCGAUACCUAUAUGGGCCGGGAAGCAUUCAUGUUGCGCACGGGGAUGAUGAGGCAAUCACGGUCGGGCAACUCGAAGAGGCUGUACGGGGAUAUAAGCGACUGAUUGAUGCUGCUGUUCAGCGGGGCCUCAAGUCAUAG